CUUGGGGCGUCGGGGAGUGCGCGAGGCGGCCCGGGUUGUGUGCACUGGCGGAGACAAAGAGGUGGCGGUGGCGGCCUCGGCGGAGCAGCCCUAGACGCCGAAUUUUGUAGUGCUGAGUCCUGUCACCAUCUCAUCUAGCGCGGCGCGAGGGCGGCUGGUCUCGCGGCGGCGGCGGCGGCGGCAGCGGCGGACGCGGAGGUGGCGGCAGCACAUGGUUCCAAGAGCGCCCUGCGGUUGUUGGGUUCCAAUUCCGUGGGGAGGGACAAAGGCAGCUGUGAGCGCCCGGCAACGCCCAGUCGGGUGGUGCGCUCGCCACUGCCCUCGAUCCGGGCCUUGAAAACUGGGACUAACUUGUCUCCGUGAGGAGGAGACCACGGGACCGAGGCCCAGUGAGGGCCUGAGAGGCUGAGGCCGCUGUCUGAGGGCAAGGGGGAGGGGCGCGGCCCGCCUGAGUUGAUUGGGUGGGUCAAUUCUGUGGCGACUUAGUGGGCCACUGUGAGGUAAUUUGACUCACUACCCUGAGGAGAUUGGGGCGCACAGCAAACUAGGUUUGAUCUGGGCUUUGAAAACGGAAAUCGGCCUUCAGCGCUUAGGAAAUCUUUCAGUUGGUAGGUGGUGAAGCCGGAACUAACGCCAUAUGCACUCGAGCAACAUCGUGAUCGCCAGUUUGGGGCUUAUUUAAGGAUCCUGGGAUCACUGAUGGCGAAGACGUGUGGCUGUCCAGUUUUAUGACUGAAGUUGCUAGACUUCCGGAUUGUGGUUAAAGAACUGGAGACAUCACCGCACUCAUGGCUUUCACGAAUUACAGCAGUCUGAAUCGAGCUCAGCUAACCUUUGAAUAUCUACAUACAAAUUCAACCACUCAUGAAUUCUUGUUUGGUGCUCUUGCUGAACUAGUUGAUAAUGCAAGAGAUGCUGAUGCCACGAGAAUUGAUAUUUAUGCAGAAAGGCGAGAGGACCUUCGAGGAGGAUUUAUGCUUUGUUUUUUGGAUGAUGGAGCGGGAAUGGAUCCAAGUGAUGCUGCCAGCGUGAUCCAGUUUGGGAAGUCAGCCAAGCGAACGCCUGAGUCCACCCAGAUUGGGCAGUACGGGAACGGGUUAAAGUCGGGCUCGAUGCGCAUCGGGAAGGAUUUCAUCCUCUUCACCAAGAAGGAAGACACCAUGACCUGCCUCUUCCUGUCACGCACCUUUCAUGAGGAGGAGGGCAUUGAUGAGGUGAUAGUCCCAUUGCCCACUUGGAACGCUCGAAACCGGGAACCUGUCACAGAUAACGUGGAGAAGUUUGCCAUCGAGACAGAACUCAUCUACAAAUAUUCUCCCUUCCGCAAUGAAGAGGAGGUGAUGACUCAGUUCAUGAAGAUUCCUGGGGACAGCGGAACGCUGGUAAUCAUCUUCAACCUCAAACUCAUGGAUAAUGGAGAGCCAGAGCUGGACAUAAUCUCAAAUCCAAGGGAUAUCCAGAUGGCAGAGACUUCCCCGGAGGGCACCAAGCCAGAGCGCCGCUCCUUCCGUGCCUACGCUGCCGUGCUCUACAUUGAUCCCCGGAUGCGGAUCUUCAUCCAUGGGCACAAGGUGCAGACCAAGAGGCUCUCCUGCUGCCUGUACAAGCCCAGGAUGUACAAGUACACAUCAAGCCGGUUCAAGACCCGCGCAGAGCAGGAGGUGAAGAAAGCUGAGCAUGUGGCGAGGAUUGCUGAAGAGAAGGCACGGGAGGCAGAGAGCAAAGCUCGGACGUUGGAAGUGCGCCUGGGCGGAGAUCUCACGCGGGACUCCAGGGUGAUGUUGCGACAGGUCCAGAACACAGCCAUUACUCUGCGCAGGGAAGCCGACGUCAAGAAGCGGAUCAAGGAGGCUAAGCAGCGAGCACUUAAAGAACCUAAGGAACUGAACUUUGUUUUCGGGGUCAACAUCGAACACCGGGACCUGGAUGGAAUGUUCAUCUACAACUGUAGCCGCCUGAUCAAGAUGUAUGAGAAAGUGGGCCCACAGCUGGAAGGUGGCAUGGCGUGUGGUGGGGUGGUUGGGGUCGUCGACGUGCCCUACCUGGUCCUGGAGCCCACGCACAACAAGCAGGACUUCGCGGACGCCAAGGAGUACCGGCACCUGCUGCGGGCCAUGGGCGAGCACCUGGCGCAGUACUGGAAGGACAUCGCCAUUGCCCAGCGGGGAAUCAUCAAGUUCUGGGAUGAGUUUGGCUACCUCUCUGCCAACUGGAACCAGCCCCCAUCCAGUGAGCUGCGCUACAAGCGGCGGCGAUCCAUGGAGAUCCCAACCACCAUCCAGUGUGAUCUGUGUCUGAAGUGGCGGACACUCCCCUUUCAGCUGAAUUCUGUGGAGAGGGAUUACCCUGACACUUGGGUUUGCUCCAUGAACCCUGAUCCUGAGCAGGACCGGUGCGAGGCCUCUGAGCAGAAGCAGAAGCUCCCCCUGGGGGCGCUGAGAAAGGACCCGAAGACGCAGGAGGAACGGCAGAAGCAGCUGACGCAGAAAAUCCGCCAGCAGCAGGAGAAGCUGGAGGCCCUGCAGAAAACCACACCCAUUCGCUCCCAGGCUGACCUGAAGAAACUGCCCUUGGAAGUGACCACCAGACCUUCCUCUGAGGAACCUGCACGUAGACCUCAGCGUCCUCGGUCGCCUCCUUUACCCGCUGUGAUCAAGAAUGCCCCGAGCAGACCCCCUUCCCUUCAAGCUCCCAGGCCAGCCAGCCAGCCCAGAAAGGCUCCUGUCAUCAGUAGCACCCCAAAGCCUGCUGCCCCGGCUGCCCGGGAGGAGGCCAGCACUUCCCGGCUACUCCAGCCUCCCGAGGCACCCCGGAAGCCUGCCAACACUCUGGUCAGGCCUGCGUCCCGGCCCAGCCCACCGGUGCAGCCACCGUUACCAUCUCCCCAGCCCAACUCCAGGAAUCCUCGGGAGGUCCCUUCCCCCCGAGCCCUGAAGACUCCAGUGGUCAAGAAGCCAGAGCUGCCCGCUAAACUCUCCCCGGCCACUCCUGGUCGGAAGCGGAGCCUCGGGGUCUCUGAUGAGGAAGAAACAGAGGAAGAGGCUGAGAAGAGGAAGGAGAGGUCCAAGAGGGGCAAGUUUGCUGUGAAGGAGGAAAAGAAGGACUUGAAUGAGCUCUCAGACAGCUCUGGGGAAGAGGACUCGGCUGACCUCAAGAGCGCUCAGAAAGAUAAAGGGCUGCAUGUGGAGGUGCGUGUGAACAGGGAGUGGUACACAGGCCGUGUCACAGCUGUGGAGGUGGGCAAGAAUGCGGUGCGGUGGAAGGUGAAAUUUGACUAUGUGCCCACGGACACGACACCAAGAGACCGCUGGGUGGAGAGAGGCAGCGAGGACGUGCGGUUGAUGAAGCCCCCGUCCCCAGAGUAUCAGAGCCCGGACACACGUCAGGAGGGCAGGGAAGAGGUGGUGGCGGCUGUGGCCCCGGCAGGGGAUCUGGUGGCCCAGCAAGCUGUGGCCACGGCAGAGCCCUCCACCUCGGACUGCGUCCCCAUCGAACCCGACACCACCGCCCCCAGCACCAACCACGAGACCAUUGACCUGCUCGUCCAGAUUCUUCGGAACUGUCUACGGUACUUCCUGCCUCCAAGUUUCCCCAUCUCUAAGAAGGAGCUGAGUGCUAUGAAUUCAGAUGAGCUGAUAUCGUUUCCUCUUAAAGAGUACUUCAAGCAGUAUGAAGUCGGGCUGCAGAACCUGUGCCAUUCCUACCAGAGCCGCGCUGACUCGCGGGCCAAGGCUUCUGAGGAGAGCCUGCGCACCUCCGAGAGAAAGCUGCGUGAGACGGAGGAGAAGCUGCAGAAGCUGAGGACCAACAUCGUGGCACUCCUGCAAAAGGUGCAGGAGGCAUCUGUGGUUCCAUCCCUGGCGGCACAGCAUCCUGACCAGGAGGGCUGGAGGUGGUACGGCUGCCUGGGCCUCAUCCCAGCCAGACCCCACGGAGGGCCCGAGGUUAGAGUCCAGGACUCCACUGAGGAGGUUCCCAGUUAUCUGGGUGAGAGAUUUUGGAGGCCUGAACCUUGGAUGGUGCCAGUGAGGAGGGAGAGAAGUGUCUGAGGGGAGGGGAGGAAACAAGGAUGACUCUUCUAGUCUGUCUGAGUCCCUGAGUAGAGGGAAGGUGGGGGGCCCUCUACUGAGAUGGGAACAACCCGGGGUGGGUGGUGGUACCGAGCUGUUGGAUGUGUUGAGUCUAAGAGUGAGGCUGGGGCAGGCGGGACCUGGGUGCGGGGAGGCGGGCAGGAGUCGGAGGACGGGGAGGGGAUAGAUGAUCAACAAGGAUGGCCUGACAGGGUGGAGGGGGAGAGCAGAGGGCAUGGCCUGGGCUGCAAGAAGGCUGGGGAGGUGGGCCUCCCACCACCCUGUGAGCCCUGGCUGACCCUGCCCUGCUCUGUUCCAGGACAUAGACAUUAACACAGACGACGAGCUGGAUGCCUACAUCGAGGACCUGAUCACCAAGGGGGACUAGGGCCCGGAGCCAGAGAUCAGCUCCCCUGACCCUCAAGGCAGAGCUCCUGAGGGUGGCGUUUCAUUUAUGGGUUGAUGGACUUACCUUGGUUUGACUCAUGGGAUAUUUGUGCUUUUGGUGGGAAAGAGACUCUGAUUCUUUGAAUCUUCCACCCUAAGUUUAUAAAUAUUUAUUUUUUGAAAGAAACAACAUGCUGUGCCUGCUGUGAGACCAUACAUUUUUUUUGGUGACUCUUGGGCAAAGGACAGAACUAGGAUGCCAAAUCUUGAGUUUCUUCUCUUGGCUCCUGGCUCCUCAAGAUGUGGUGAAUUCCAGAGCUGUUUGGAAGUUGGAGGGGCUCCAGGGGCAGGGCUGGGGGAGGGACAGGACUCUUCCCAGGCUGGUGCUCCCCCAGGAGCUCCAAUCUAGGGGAUCUCCAUGGGGCUUCGAUCAGCAGGAGGCUUGGUGCUGAGGAGCUUCCUGCCUCGUGGCUCCUGCCUCAGGUCAGGGAGGUGAGUGGUGGUCCGAAUGGUCGGUCGUCUUGGCUGUGGCACUGUCCAGUCAGCUUGGGGAAGAGAGAUCCUCCUGUUCAGCUUCCCCAUCCACCACCUAAAUUCUCCUUGCUGGACAUUUCCUUAGCUAGCAGUAGAUGGUGAGGUUUCCUGCCACAAAAACUUGAGUUCAGGUUAAGGCAUGGACAGAUCUGACUGGUCAGACUGCUGACCUGGGUAACACAUCAUUUGCGUUCCAAAGGAGUCCCCUUAGGAAUCUUGUGUGUGAAGGAGCGCCGUGCCGAUCUGGCGGUGACCUCUGCUGCUGCUGUGGCAGGGUCCUGGGGAGGGCUGCUGCUCUUACUGCUUCCCCGCUGUUCACCCCACCACGCCCUGUGUCCGGUUUGCGGCAGAUGGGAGGAGAGGUCACCGAGCCCUGGGGCCCGCAGCAACUACACAGACAGCUCUGCAGUGGGCACGCCAUGCCUUCCUCUGCCUAGUCACAGCCUCAUACUGCUGUGGUCCUCAAACAACUCAGGGUCAAAGACCAAGGCCAGAGUUGCCGAGUUUUCUAUAAUGGCCAUUGGAAAAGUUCUGGUUCGAUUUCCCCCAACUCACUCCUUACCCCCCUUUAUUUGGGGACUUUGGGUUUUCUGGAGCCACAAGAACCAUGAUCUUGCCCCACUGGUCUGCAAUUCUGACCUUGGUGUGUUUCCAGCGUCUGCCCACCUCUGCUUAGCAGUGGCCACGUGCCGCCCCGUGAAGACUGCAGGAGACGGGGAAGAAUGGUGAGGGAGGCAGGCCACAGGGGAAUUGAGGUCUUUGCCCACUUGUGCACGUGGCCAGAAGUGCCUAUGAUUUGUGGGCUUGGGACUUCUCAAAACCACACCCCUGGGCAAGGGCUGUUUCAGAGAAAUACCAGGGAGGCCCUCACCUCUUCCUCAGAAGAUUCUCCAAGACUUGGGGUUUCUUGAGCUGGUGGUUCCUAUCCUGUCCAGCUCAUUCUCUUCAUCACAGGCAGCAUAUGAUCCAUUUUUGUCCCCAAACUUUGUUUUAAUCUAGAUGGAAGCUGAUUCUGCAUUUUUACCAGAGGGUAAUACUCAAGGUUUUUAUUGACACACCUGUAAUCAAAAUGCAAUACUAUAAACUUUUACUGGCGAGA